AGAGAACCAUGCCAUUUCUGGGUCAGGACUGGCGAUCCCCUGGAUGGAGCUGGAUUAAAACUGAAGAUGGAUGGAAAAGGUGUGACUCCUGUACCCAAGAGCUCAGCCGCGAAAAUAGCCAGUACGCCAUCAACCACAGCAUUAUCUUAAAUAGUGGUGAAGAAGAGAUAUUCAAUAAUGAGUGUGAAUAUGCAGCCAAAAAGAGGAAGAAGGAACAUUCUGGAAAUGACACGGCUGCUCACAGUUUUUAUCGUGAAAAAUGGAUCUAUGUCCAUAAAGAAAGCACAAAAGAAAGGCACGGCUACUGCACCCUGGGAGAAGCCUUCAACCGGCUAGACUUCUCGAGUGCCAUUCAGGAUAUCAGAAGGUUCACCUAUGUGGUCAAACUGCUGCAGCUAAUUGCGAAGUCCCAGUUAACCUCACUGAGUGGAGUGGCACAGAAGAACUACUUCAACAUUUUGGAUAAAAUUGUCCAAAAAGUUCUUGACGACCACCAGAAUCCUCGCCUGAUCAAAGACCUUCUCCAAGACUUGAGCUCCACCCUUUGCAUCCUCAUUAGAGGGGUGGGGAAAUCGGUGUUAGUGGGGAACAUCAACAUUUGGAUUUGCCGCUUAGAAACUGUUCUCAACUGGCAACAGCAGCUGCAGAAUCUUCAGAUGACUAAGCAGGCGAACCCUGGCCUCACACUCAGUGACCUGCCCUUGCACAUGCUGAACAACAUCCUGUACCGUUUCUCAGAUGGCUGGGACAUUGUCACCCUGGGCCAGGUGACACCAACCCUGUACAUGCUCAGUGAGGACAGGCGGCUGUGGAAGAAACUGUGUCAGUACCACUUCGCCGAGAAGCAGUUUUGUAGACAUUUGAUCCUUUCAGAAAAAGGUCAUAUUGAAUGGAAGUUGAUGUAUUUUACACUUCAGAAAUAUUAUCCAACUAAAGAACAGUAUGGAGACACUUUACAUUUCUGUCGGCACUGCAGCAUUCUCUUCUGGAAGGACUACCACCUUGCUUGGUUGUUGAAGGACUCAGGACACCCCUGCACCGCGGCUGACCCCGACAGCUGCUUCACUCCUGUGUCCCCUGAGCACUUCAUCGACCUCUUCAAGUUCUAGUGCCGCCCUCAGCCCCGUGCCCUGUCCACAGUGUCCUUGUGCUUUCUGUGUGUCCUGUAGUUGGUGUGAGUAUUGUUUGACACAGGUGAUGACAGGAUCCGUGACAGGCUGUACUUGUGCGGCCCUCACUUCCGGGAGAGCCUGAUGGGGC